AUGGAAUCUCAAUCCAGUCAUCGUCAUCACGAAGAAGAUUCCAAGAGCUCUAGCGAUGAAGAAGCCGAGGAUCUCAACGAUGACUUGGGAACAGGGCGGUCGUACGAGUGUGUGUUUUGCAAGAGAGGAUUCACAACAGCACAGGCCUUGGGUGGACACAUGAAUAUUCACCGCAAGGAGAGAGCCAAGCCGAGGCCUACUUCUGCUCCUAGUUCAAUUGCAAGCAAAGCAGCUGAUGAACAUGUGAGUGAUCUCAUGAGAUCCCACCGUUCGUUGCAAAGCUACCCGAGUCCACAUUUUGCCACUGAUCCGGAGGUGAAUGUGAAUUACCGGACGUAUAUUCCGGCGCCUAUGUGGAUUGUGGGACAAGCUCACAGUGAUCAUGAGUUAUGUGCGAGAAAUUAUCCGGUAAGGCAUCAUCAGAAUUUGUUUGCUACGGAUGAUGAUUGUCGGAAUUGGAGAUCGGGGAGUAGUCUGAGCCUGGGAAUUGGGCCAUCAGCUGAUGAUGAUGAUGAUGAUGAGGAUCAUCUAGGUCUUGAUCAUCAUAAAAAGGAAAUUGAACGAAGUAAUGGUGCCUGCAGUAGUGAAGGGGAUGGAUUGGAUUUGGAGCUUCGACUCGGUCAUGAUCCAUAG